ACUUUGUAGUUUGUACAUGUACUCGUAGUUUGUACCCAGCAAGCGUAAUACAGUACGAAGCCGAUAUUUGGACCGUUCGAACUAUCGGCCAUAGUUUGCCGCCUGUUGCCAUUGGAAUUUGGGCAGCCCAACUCGGAGUUUCGGACUAAGACGAUGCUAUGGACGUUGGACAUCUUGCAUUGCGGUAAACUGACAAAUCAGUGAGGUGCCUUAGGAAUCUGCUCUCUUUGCAAGAUUCUACGCAUGUUAAGCGAAGGGCGCACCGGAAAUGCAAAUGGUCUUGUGCGAUUACUGAAUAGAACGGCUUCCGCGGAAGGACGAAAGCACUCACGAAGGAAACAAGAACCGUUUGUAUGACGAUACAGUGGCAGUUUGGCACCAUUAACUGCAAACGAAUAUCCAGCGAGCCUGGUUCGAAUCUAGUAACGUGCGUAAAAUCAUGGAGCUCGCUCCCAAGGACAAGGAGGGAGAAGUGUUGUAUACUGACGACGAGGACGAUGUUCGGUCAUUUUGCACGGUAUCGUCGACGGAGCACGGCUGUGAGCUACCCAGGUACUGCAAGAAAGGAAGUAUUGCCGAUAGUUGGUGGAGUAGUCAGCAGCCGACGACCCAGCAGAACCUUGUCUCCCGAACGGACACUAGUAAUCGUUCUGGUCUGUAUGCCAGCUCGACCUGUAUAAAUGCAUCCGAUGAGGUUCUGUAUAUUGUCCGACCAGAUGGGAUGUCCUCUGAUUCCUCUCUAAGCGGUGCUUCGUCCAACAGUCACGUCAAUGACGUCAGCAUGGCUCAGGACUUGCAUAUUCCAUCCAGCAGCAUGUCCCGAUCCACACGUCCUAGUCGUGAGACAGAAAAUUCAUCUGAGCACAACUGGCAAGUGAAGAUCACGGAAAACGCGCGAAUCAAGCUUUUCAAAAGUAAACCCGGCAGGGAUUUGCAAUCAAAUAGCGGAAAGGUGACCUCUACGAAAAUAGGCGAUUGUACAGAACAAAACACAAACAGAUCCGGUGGUUCGCUUGGUCCCGAGCUCAGCCAGUUGAUUGUGCAUAGUGUCAAUUCUUUUGGCAAGAGAGGAAGAGGUCGACCUCCUGGUAGCACUAAAAGUUCAAAGAUGCCACCGGUCCAUACACCAUCUAACAGUUUUGCUGCGCCGUCCACUUCAUCGAAAAAAAUCGCUGUGUCCAUUGUUAAGCCGUCCAUUUCUCGAUCAAAGGCGCUGAGAGGAUUGUCAACUCCAAAAAGCCAAUCGACUAGAAAUUUACUUGUACCAGAGGUUACGUCAGAGACUAACGGCUUUGUGAGCAUUUUGAAAACAAAUAAGAUGAUCGGCAUGAAAAGAAUCGUUACGGAUGGCAUUCUGACUGCUGAGCCAGAUACUGUGGACAGCGACAGUGAAACGGAACCUCAGGCGAGGAAUCUUGUACAGGUGAAUCGUCCAGUCUCGUCUAAAUGUUCGACUCGACGGAAAAGAUGUGAUCGUCAGUUUCUUUUGGAAAGAGAUAUCAGCGACGGCACUGAGUUGUUUCCCAUCAGGGUUUACAAUGAUAUUAACGGUUUACCCGCUCCAUCGUUUCGCUACAGCAAAAAUAUCAUUAUUAGAGUGCCUGGAUAUGAACGGACGCCUUGCGUCUGCCAGUGUGUCACGUUUUGUGAUGCUAGGUGUCACUGCAUGGGCGAACCCUUCGAUAAAUCAAUCACGGAAAUCGCCUACGAUGAAUUUUCACGACUGCUGAGGAAAGCGAGCACUUGGCAGUCAUCUGUAAUAGCAAACGUGCCUCGAUCAAUUUGGGAAUGUAGUCGCGACUGCUCAUGUGGGCUUCACUGUCCCAAUCGGUCCGCACAACUUGGUGUAAGGUAUCCGUUUGAAAUUUUUAUGACAGCAGAAAAGGGCUGGGGUGUGCGGCCAUUAUGUGAUCUUCCGGCAGGAGCAUUUGUGGCAGAAUAUGCAGGGGAAUUGAAAGAGGAAGCUGAUUCGGAUUAUUGGUCAAAUUCCACAUGGUACACCUUUUGUCUGUCGGCGGACAAUGGACCAACAGGAUACUUUUUGGAUGCUAGUGUUCUUGGAAACUUUACGCGGUUUAUUAAUCAUGGAUGCGUUCCAAACGUUGUGGCGGUGAACGUAUUUUAUGACGACAGUAACCCGGACUGUGGGAUGCACGUUGGUAUGUACACCGUUCGCAAGAUCCGGGCGUUCCAAGAAUUAACAAUUGACUAUGGCAAAACGUUUUGGGACGCAAAGAUGCAAGCUGGAGAGUACUGCAAAUGUAAUUCUACAAAGUGUUUGUACCGGCAGCCACGUUCAUUGUAAAAAUGUACCAAACUGUUCUACGGAGUUUUCAUGUUUGUACUUUUUAUUUUUUCUGUGAUGAGUUAACGGGUUCAGCCUGCCCUUUGUGGAAACCAUUGUAUUUUUUUGUGCCUUUCGCUUUAAAAAUUGUCCGAUAAGCUGCAUCAUGCUCUUGUUUAUUUUUAUGCACUUUACAGGUCAGCAGUGUUUUCAUUAAGUGUGAUACUUUGCUGUAUUUCAAUUUGGUCAUUUAGAUAAAUGCCUUGGAAGUUG